GGGUCUCGGAUCUUAGCAACAGGCAUGGCAGUCACCACCAUUCAGGACGCAAAGGUCCUCAUCUCAUCCGCAGCAUCCAAUGAUCGAACCAACGGUCUCAAAGGGCUCGUUCACAUCCUAAAGCACAACCGUGGAAAGCCCACUCUCGAGAGCCUAGGGAACAAGGCCUACCUUUCCCUUUGUGAAACAUUGCUUCAGUGUAUGCACGAUGAACGUCACGCCUUUCUUAAGAGUAAGGCCAAAAUAAAGUCAAAAGCUACUGAUCACCUCGUCUAUGCUGCCAAUGCACUACGCCAUGUCAUUUACUCGGGCGUGCGCGCUAUCAAGUCUACGACCGUCGAGUUCAUAGUCUCGACCAUUAUUGACACUCUACCCGGCCAUGACGGGUCUCUGGUCGCCCCACUUCUCGAAGACGUUCCCAAGACCUUGCGUGCAUUGCUCGAAUAUCAGCCUCACGUCGAACGUCUAUCCUCAGCUUGCUGGGAUACAACUCUUGCUUUUUGUAUCGACUCACUUGCCGGCAUCUUCGUUGAACCAGAAGUGGACCAGCCUGCUAGUUGGAGUACUGGCAUUUCUAGCCGGGGACGUACGCCCUUCGACUCUACCGACGUCGCAAUAAGAUCCAGCGAUCGGAUUCCUUCCUCCAGCAUAUCGAAUGUUUCACCUGAGCUCAUUCGUGUUGCGGAAGAUCUUGUGCACUGUCUUGCUCUCCUCGUCAAGGCUUCCAACUCACCUAUUUUACCCCAAGCCGAGCGUAUCCUACGUUCGCUCAUUCAUUACAUGUGCCAGAAAGCAGCACGUGGCAAGGCUGCUGCACUAUCCGCAAUCAACGCUAUCAUCCCUCGCAUCACUCUCCACUCUUCAGUACUUGCUAGACACGUCGUGGUCGAGGUAUUGCCUCUAAUGAAAACUUUAUGGGCUGAUUCCACCGUGCGAGAUGAGAUUUUUGUCACUUUGACGUAUUCAGAAGUGCACAUCGCCAGUAUUUUGCAGGGCAGCACCGAUGAAUCCUUCGGGCUGGAGGUUGAAGCCUUUCUUGAUGUCAUAUAUGGUGACUAUAGGCGCAGGCAAGACACGACCGCACACCAAUAUCUCGAGGAUGAUUAUGUUUGCUUUCGCCGCAUUGGCAGGGCCAGCAAGGAAGCACAUUCAUUGUGUACCCAAGCUUUUGCUAUGGAUCCUGGAUACUCUCGUUACGAGGGUCUUUGGGCCACAGUGUCAUGUAUCGCGCGUCUCUCGACCAUGCUCGAUGAGCACAACCGUCGGUUAGCCCAUAGUUACAAAGAUGAUGAAGCUCCAUCAAAGCGCCCUCGCAUCACUCGUCAUUUCCAAGAAUAUCUCCGUCACGUAUCCGAACCUCGAUCCAACGCCAAGCGGGCUGCAUUACAAGUGAUUGCUUUCAUUGUUCAGGAAGGCCCUUUAGAUGAAGAAGAGCUUCAGUCACUAUUGGGAAAACUCAUGCCGUGCAUAUCGGACGAGAAUGCUGCACACUCCUCGUGGGCUCUGAUUUCCCUAGCUGCCGCUGCUUUCCAACGAGUCGCUAAAUCGAACGCACUCUCACAUCUUUGGGUAUCCGCGUGGAAGACCGCCUCGCGUGUAAUCACCUCAUCCUCAUCCUCGCGAGCUGCUUGUCAUUUCAUGGAUGUAGUGUUGCGACUCAAAGUUAUCCCCUAUUCUGCGGUCUCUGAAACUGUCCAAACAAUGUUAACAUCGGUGGAGCUCAACGGUCCUGCUUUGCUGACAGAAAGCACCACUUCUCUGAUGACGACAUUAAUUCAGGAAGUGAUCGCCGGAAGCCCUACUCAUUAUAAAUCGUCUGCAGAGAGAGUGCUUAACUGGCUUCUUAGUAAAUGGACGCCAAGUUUAUGGUCGGAAAGAUCCUAUGUCACUCUACAUGCCCGCCAUUUUAAUGCCCGCGAUAUCCUGCGAGUACUCCAUGCUUGCUUAGAUCGACCAUUCAUGCACUUUCGAACUCCUCCCUAUAAAGUCAUGGGUCCGAUUGCCCAAGCUCGCCUGCAAACUAAUGCGUUCCACGAGUUGUCCCGAUAUAUUUUGCUUCUAGACGAUACCGAGGGCUUUACUCUGGAAUUGUCACAAACAUCUAGCUCCUCGAAUACAUCCCCUUCUGGGCACGUACUGCAACUAGAAGACCGUAUCCUCGAUUUCUGUCUUUCCGAACUCGAUAAAACUAAACAACGAUGGACACAACGGUCAGAGCACUCCCUUCAAAAUAUCACGUCGGAUAUGCUGCAAAUCAUUGUCAACCUAUGUAUUGUGUCCUCAGCAGUGGGAUCGGUAGUGAAGCGUCAAGACCCACGCAUAGUCGAGCUGGGCACAGUCACUGAUAGAUUUGCACGAUCAUUUACCCAGGUCCUGACGAAACCACAAAUUGAACGAUACAAGAUCGACGCAGUUCUCGAAACAUGUGCCCAGAGCUUACAAGAUAUUGACGAUUUGGAGGAUCUGUCCAGUGCCGUUUUCAAAAAUGCGGGGAUGCUCAUCAUCGCCAACCAUCUUUCGAGCGCUUUAGACCAGCGCAGAGAUAUCAAACAGUCUUUCUACACUGAAGACGAUGGUUUCAUGGACAUCGAUGAUGAGCCCAAUUCGCAAGCAACAGCAGGCACAUCCAGUUCUGAAAUCGACAUACCUCGCCAUGAAAUAUCCGCCUCUUCCGAAGCUGGCGCUUUUAAUGCCUGCUGUUCGACCUAUAUUCACUUGAUACAGUCCGUUGGCGACAUGUUUGAUCAAGAUCCGGACUGUGUACCGUCCGAGUUCAUUGAGUACCUAAUAUCAAUCCCUGAAGCUGAUCUCCUUCGGUCGCGUCAAUUCACCAGCACUUUGAUGCAAGGGCGAUUCAGAAUAUCUCAAGGAGAUGCCAUAAAAUUGCUUGAAAGGCUUAGCGACGCCCUCAUCGAUCCUCGUGCCCGCGAGUACAAUACAUCCGAAGUGGCAAACGGCAUGAUGUUGGACGUACUGAUUGGGUCUACCCAUCUCUGGAGCUCCGACAGUACCGACCAUGAAACCCGAGAUCUUUACGAAAACGUAGAGGCGCUGUAUGCCUAUUACAUAAAAGGAAUGGAGAAGAGUGGUGUGCGAAGAUCCCCGGGUCUUCAAAUGCGGUUAGCUACGUUUCUCCAUGGCCUUCUACGGCAUCAUCCAAAUUUUGGACAGAGUCGAAAGAUACCAUCUGUGCGCACAAGCCUGUUUGGACUUCUUGGGAGUGGCGAAAUGGCCGUGAAAUAUCAUAUCGUAGACCGUCUGUCGGACAUCUUCGAGUAUUUUGUAUUUUCAGAGCAUAACAAGAUACUUGGGGACAUCGAUGAAAACCUGCCCAGUGACAAGACGUGGCUCGAAGGUAUCGCCAUUCGGUUGCUUGUUUUCUCCAAUCUUGCAUCACGAUGGUACACAGUGCAACGACUGUGCAUAUAUCGCAUGUUUGCGACAGCUGGAUCCAUAGCAGGCGCGACGCGCCAUGCGAAGCGUUGUAUCUCCAAAGUUGCAGCAGCAAGAAAUAUGGGAGACUCUCAAGCACUAUUUCGCCUUUUUGCGUCACAGAUCAUACACACCUGGCUGGACAGAGGGCGCACCUUUGCCGAGAUGCCAUUUGAGACUUUUGGUUACGAAACCCUCGUAAGCCUUUUACGAGAUGUCGAAGCAGAAACUGUUGGUCAAGCGAUCAUGCGGGGGCAAAAACACGCUGUCGAAUAUCUGGCUACAAUUUUCGGUGACGAAACACGUGCGGUUUUGGCAAGAAACAUGCCAAAGGCUGCUGCCUACACAAUCUCAUGGGACACCUGCACUGGCUACGCACGUAACAAGUCCGUACCGAGCAGCUGUAACAUUCUCCGCGACCUAGUAGGAAAGGACCAGUAUGCUGAACUUAUCCUUCAACAAUUUCCACAGGUGUUGGGCCACAUCUUCCAAACAAUUGAUCAGGAGGAUCGCGUUAGCAAGCAGUUGGACAAGCGACCAGCUUUCCACGAUGCGUCCAAAGCGCUGGCAAAGAUGAACAACAUUAGUCAUUCUACGGCAGGACUCGAAAUCGAGAUAGAACCAUCAUUUUCAGCUUACUACCUCAACGACCAGCUUGAACGGCUUUGCCGCAGGACGGGGGAUAAUCCAGACAGUUUUUGGACUUCGAGUAACUACACACUCGUAGCUCGGAUGCUGCUUGAUCGGAUACAUCCUGCACUGGGACCACUUUAUGCCCGGUCCAUCAUUCGCAAAUUGAGAAUUCUCGUCGCUCUUGCCGGUCCUGUGGCAUGUGAGGGCUACCCUCUCCAGAUGACAUUGCAAUCUUUAAGACCGUUUCUCACCGAUAUACAAUGUGCAGAAGACGUGGUUGGCAUCAUGCAGUAUCUUUUAGAUCGUGGCGAAACUUAUUUGACAAGAGACUUGGGCUUUGUAACAGGAAUUGGUCUUUCGGUUCUCAUAUCCAUUCGUGUGUUUCUAGGAUCGUCGCAAGAGAGCACAACCCAGCAAUCGCAAUACAUGGCGACAAUGAACACGGCUACCAAAUUCCACGGAUGGUUCUCUCAAUACUUGACCUCUUACGCGGACAACUUAGCUGAUACUGAGAGUAACUCUCACAUCAAGGCAUUCAGACUGAUAACCACAGCUGCCUCACAGGUUCGCACAGAGGGAAAUUCCUUGCGUGGAAGUGAAGAAAGCAAGUUGCUUCGAGAAAUUCUCGAUGAUGUUCGGUCGGGUCGUAAACUCCUAAACAAUACUUCCCGUGAAGUCGCGCUUGAUUUGCUUUGUCAAAAUUUCCAGCCAGCUCCUACUGCAAAAGAUGACAUGUUCGAAUCUGAUGCAGAGGCAGCAGAAUACGCCAUACAUGUGUGGCAAUCAUGCCAAAGAACCAAUGUCGGUGAUGGUUACUUAUUGUGGGCAGCUCGAGUGCUGGGUCGAGCCUUCAGUGCUUAUGGCGAAGUAAGACAAGAUACUGCUUCAUCAAAACCAUGGUUAUCUCUUGAAACAUCAGCCGAUGACUCUUUGGGUCGUGCAUCAAGAGAAGCGAUCAUUCGUGAGGUAAUUGGCGUCUUCUACAGUGAUGAUCGUCAUGAGGUUAGUCUUGCGGAAGAAUCGAUUCGCCUUACUCUUGCUCGGCUUUCUCAAGCACCUCCAGAAUAUGUGGCGGAGCUCAACGAAAUAAUUCCGCAGCAUAUUACGAAAGCAUUAGGUCUAUCUGUAUCUACUGAUGGGGACUCUACACUGUCUGCGGAUACCAACACAGUGGAGCAAUGCGCUGCCGUGCGAGAGGGUACGCCUGUCGCUAUAUGGACCAGAGAUCUUGCAAUCUCGCUGUGCAGUAUAGCGUCACAAGAGCCUCUACUAGGUUCAUUGCCCAGAUUGCUCUUGGGCAUUAGCCAAAUGGCCGCAAAGUUGUUCCCUUACAUCCUCCAUCUUGUUUUAUUGGGUGAAUUCGAAGGCGAAUGUAAAACUAGGAGAACGAUAUCAAGGGCGUUGACAGGCUGGUUUUCCGAUCCCAGAAACGACCACGUACCUCAAGUGCGAAUCUUCAUCCAGACCAUCUUAUACUUGCGGACACAACCGGUCCCUAAGGAAGUCACUCGAGUGGAUCGAGAUCAAUGGCUGGAUGUCGACUUCGUCAAAGCUGCCGAAGCAGCGGCCACUUGCGAUAUGUAUCGCAGCGCAUUGCUUUUUGCAGAAACGGCAGCGGAGCCAGCAGUGAAGACUUCACGCAGGAGUUCUAGUGUCAUGAAACCAGCCAAGUUACCAAUCGAUCUCCAGCUUUCCAUCUACAAGAACCUCGAUGAACCUGAUUCGUUCUACGGGGUCGACAGAGGCUACAGUCUUCAGUCUGUUAUGGACCGCGUAGACUACGAAGGUGACGGUGUGAAGAGCCUGUUGUUUCGAGGUGCUCGUUUAGACAGCCAAAUACAGCAAUCAGGUGCAUUGCAGCCGUCUGAUACGAGCGGUAUGGUCAGGAGUCUUAUAAUGCUCAACAUGAAUAGCGUUACACAUUCUCUCUUGUCAAAUGAUCAGUUCCGCAACACCGGCGAAAUCGGCAUCGAGAAUACCCUCCACACCGCGCGCAAACUAGGUCAAUGGGAUAUAAAAGCUCCCGAAAUGAAUCACUCGGAGCAGAGCACACUGUUCAAAGCUUUCCAGGGACUCCAUUAUGCAAUCGAUACAGCUGCCGCGCAGAAAUGUUUCGAUAAGCAGCUGCUGACCACGGUUGGGCACCUAUCCAGUGGACAUGCCGCGUCGAUGUCUACUCAAGCUCACUUAAGGACACUGGCAAUACUAACAGAAGCGCAUGAAGUUGUCGGUAGUCGCUCCGAGGACGAUCUGCUCGAUAUAUGGGAUCAAAUGAAAGGGCGCGAGCUGUGGAUGCGUGCCGGCGAAUUCGAGAACGUCCGGCAAAUCUUAUCCUGUCGAGAGACUCUUUUCAAUAUUUUGAGUGCGAAUGAACCCCUUUUAGAUUCCCUGCGCGUGAGAAAAGGAAGUGUUCGUAGCGUGGAGGUCCAGGCACUGGUAUCUUCCUCGAGAAUCUGCAGGAGACAUGGGGCGCUUCAGGAAUCACUGGCGCGAGUGACCUACCUUUCAGGACUUGUCCAGCAAUGCAAAGAUGUCGGUCUUGAAAUCGAAGCAGUCGCACAACAUGAAGUUGCGAGUGUAUUGUGGGAUCAGGGUGAGGCUGAAACGUCUACUGGCAUGCGACGACAACUCAUCGAAAGUACUCGUUUUGAUUCUCAGGACGAUGACAUUAGUCUUCCUGUUAUACUGGCGAAACUUGGUCAUCACCUUGCCGAAUCUCGUCUGGAGAAGCCAGAUGGCAUCAUCAGGGAUUAUCUCCAGCCUGCAAUCCAAGAACUCAAAGGACAGACACAAGGCUCGGGCCCGGCUCAAGUGUUCCAUGGAUUUGCAUUAUUUUGCGACAAACAACUACAAAGUCCAGAAGCUAUCGAUGACGUGGAUCGUGCCAAAGCUGGCGUGGACCGCAGAUUUCAGGAGUACAAUGAUUUCAUGAAGCUUGCAAAUGCAGAGAAAAGUAAAAGUAUGAGGGAUACCUACAGACGUAACGCCUCGAAAUCAAAAACAUGGUACAAUUUGGACCACGCAGAAUAUGAGCGGCUACGCAAAGGUCGCGAACAGUUCCUGCGGCAAUGCUUGGAGAAUUACCUCCUCUCACUUCAAGCCAGCGACCAGUAUAACAAUGACGCUCUUCGAGUAUUUUCUCUGUGGUUGGAGAAUGCCGAUCUUUCUCUUGCGAACGAUGCUGUUGGGCGUUACCUUAACAAGGUUCCCAGCGGCAAGUUUGCUCUGCUAAUGAACCAACUAUCAUCACGCCUGCAGUCCGAGCAAACUGCCUUUCAAAAGCUGUUGCUCCAACUAGUUCUACGAAUCUGCAUGGACCAUCCAUACCACGGAAUGCACCAAAUCUUUGCCAUACAAACAAAAGUUGGGGCUUACACAAGAGAAGACAUGAUGAGAUCGAAGGAUGAGUCUGCUCGGUCCCGUCAGAAAGCUGCAGCAUAUAUUGCGCAGCAACUUGACAAGGACAAACGAUCACAAUCCACCUGGAGAACCAUUUAUAGAUCGAAUGAGAUUUAUCACGCGCUCGCUAUGUUCAAGGAUGAGAAAGACAACCGCCAAGGGCGAGAGUAUUCGCUCGACAGAUAUCGAGAAUCGAAAGAAUUAGUUCAGAAAGUACCACCAUUGAGAGUUCCGCCAGCAACAUUGCAGAUCGAAGUGAGGGCAAAUCAAGAUUAUAGUGAUUUGCCCAGAAUUGUAGGCUUCGGUUCUAGGAUGACCAUUGCCAACGGCCUGAGCGCUCCAAAAAUCAUCACUGCGAAGGGUAGCGACGGCAAGCCCUAUAAACAACUGUUCAAGUCUGGAAACGAUGAUCUUCGGCAAGAUGCCAUCAUGGAACAGGUCUUUGAUCAAGUUUCACGACUCUUGAAGAAUCAUACAGCGACGCGCCUUCGCAAUCUGGGGAUUCGCACAUACAAAGUGCUUCCACUUUCGACGCGAUCUGGGCUCAUGGAGUUCGUUCAAGACACUGUACCGCUCCACGUGUGGGUGAUGCCAGCGCACGAAAAGUACUAUCCCAACGACCUCAAACCCGAUCAGUGUAGGAAACAGAUCGGAGCGGUCCAGCAAGACACUCAAUCAACACGCAUCAAAACAUGGCAAAAGGUAGCUAACAGUUUCCACCCCGUCCUCCGCUACUUCCUCCUCGAGCUCUUCCAAGACCCAGACGAAUGGUUCCAAAGACGACUAGCAUACACACGGUCGACCGCCGCCAUCUCCAUUCUGGGCCACGUGCUAGGACUCGGUGAUCGCCACUGUCACAACAUCCUUCUUGACAAGAAAAGCGGCGACGUCGUACACAUCGACCUAGGCGUCAGCUUCGAAGCCGGACGCGUCCUACCCGUCCCAGAAGUCGUCCCCUUCCGCCUCACGCGCGACCUCGUCGACGCCAUGGGCUACACCAAAACCGAAGGCGUUUUCCGUCGCUGCUGCGAAUUCACAAUGGAUACCCUCCGCGAAGAACGCGAGUCUAUCAUGACUCUCCUCAACGUCCUCCGCUACGAUCCCCUCGUGAACUGGAGCAUCACGUCCACAAAAGCAAAACGCAUGCAGGAAGGUCAGGAAACUGCCGCUGCCGCCGGCGGUGCUCCUUCCAGCACAGCUGUGUCUCGCGCGGGGACUGUCGGAGGCACGCCUGCGCCUGCAGAUGGCGCUGGUGCUACUGCAGCACCGCAGGAGAACCCGGAAUCAAGUAAGAAGAAGGAUGAAGAGCAGGCUGGUGAGGCGGGGAGGGCCCUUGCGGUUGUGGAGAAGAAGUUGGGCAAGACGCUUAGCACCAAGGCUACUGUCAAUGAGCUUAUUCAGGCUGCGACUGAUGAGGGAAAUUUGGCGGUUUUGUACCAGGGGUGGGCCAGUUAUGCGUAG